AUGGAAGAUCAACAUAAAAUUCGACAAAUGUCUGCAGCAGGCAUCCAUCCUCGGGAAAUGCUUUCAACUCUUCACCAAAGCAACCCAAAUCUUACAGCUAUUUCAAAAACUAUUUACAAUGUUCGAGAUAAGAUUCGACGUGAUAAUCUUCAGGGUCGCACUUCAAUUCAGGCUCUUCUUGAUAAGCUUAAAGAAGGAAGCUUUGAGUAUGACUUUCAAUGCAGUGAAAAUGGUCAUUUGACCCACCUCUUUUUUGCAUAUCCUAUAUCAAUCGUACUUAUUAAAACUUAUAGCUCUGUUCUUUUGAUGGAUUGUACUUACAAAACUAAUAAGUUUAUAAUGCCACUCCUUCAUAUUAUUGGUAUGACGAGUUUCAAUAUUACAUUUUCUUCUUGUUUUGCUUUUCUAAAAUCGGAACAAGAAGAAGAUUAUGAAUGGGCUCUCAUUUGUGUUGCUUGUAUUUUUAAGGAGAUUUCAAAGCCUCAGUUCCCUACGGACGAAAAAUGGAUUGAAUUUUUGGGCAACUGGAUUACUGUAAUAAAAUCUAAAACAGAGGAAGAUUUUAAUAAAAAAUGGGAAGAAUUGGCGAAAAAAUAUAAUAAGAAUCCAUCAAUUGUUAAAUAUCUGCAGGACAUAUGGUUACCAUUAAAAAAACAUUUUGUGAGUCUUUGGAUAGAUCGUUACUUGCAUUUGGGUAAUGUAACUAUAUCACGGGUAGAAGGAUCCCACGCAAUGCUAAAAAAGUAUCUUCAAGUAUUGACAGGUCUUCCUUGUACCCACAAAAUUCAGGAACGUCUUAUUAAUAAUCAAUAUCUGCAACUUACCGAUUUUCAUCAACAUUGGUGGCUUCAAGAAUGUCAAUUGCUUCCACAAAUACCAAAUAAAACUGAAGAUCAUUUAUGA